AUGGAACAGAAGAAUGUGGUAGUUAUUGGUGCCGGGGUUGCGGGUCUCACGACGGCUCUUCUCCUCUCGAGGCUUCCAAGGUACAAGGUAGUUGUUGCAGCUAAACAUAUGCCCGGAGACUACGACAUUGAAUAUGCUUCACCGUGGGCUGGCGCGAAUUAUAUGCCGCCUUGCGCAUAUCUCAUUAUAGUCAUGCUUAGUAUGUCGACCCGAGGCACCAAGGCAGCAGAUUGGGAUAAGGACACAUGGGCGGCACUGGAGGAUUUAGCACGCAAUCACCCUGAUGCCGGAAUACACUUCCAAGAAAGGAUUCGUUUGCGACUCAGCAUUAACAAUGAUGAAGAAUGUGAAAUACACAGCCGCUCGAAAGACGUUGGUACGACAACCGCAAAAUGGUUUGGAGAGCUUUUGUCACCGAGCCCGUGGUUUAAGGACGUUGUUCCUAAUUUUUGCACUCUUCCCAAGAGUAGACAUGGCCCUGGCUUUGACUCUGUGACAGUCUUCACAUCAGUCUGCAUCAAUACCGCGGUAUACCUUCCCUGGCUCGUUUCCCAGUGCCUCAAAAAUGGAGUUGUAUUCAAACGAGCUGUUUUCAACCAUAUUCUGGACGCAACCUCUCCAUCGGUCCACCCCGACCAGAAGGUCGACCUCGUGAUAAACUGUGCAGGCCUUAUGGCUUCCAAGUUGGGCGGAGUCGAAGAUAAAACCGUUGUACCUGCCCGUGGACAAAUUGUGAUAGUCCGGAAUGAAGCCGGUAAGAUGCUAGAUGUCUCUGGAACUGACGAUGGCGAUGGUGAAGCAUGCUAUGUUAUGACCCGAGCUGCUGGCGGCGGUACGAUCCUGGGUGGCUCGUAUCAGUUGGGAAAUUGGGAUUCACAGGCGGACCCCAAUCUUGCCGUGCGCAUUAUGAAGCGCGCAGUGAAGAUGUGUCCUCAACUUACGGAUGGGAAGGAAAUCGAGCACCUCGAUAUUAUUCGACACAGUGUGGGUCUGAGACCCGUGCGGGCGAAUGGGGCAAGAAUCGAGAAGGAACGUAUAGGAGACACUUGGGUGGUGCACAACUAUGGUGCUGGAGGUGCCGGAUAUCAAUCAUCUUAUGGAUGCGCUCAGGCUGCUGUGAACCUCGCAGAGGAGGCUUUGGCGACCAGGGCAAAGCUGUGA